UCCCCGCGCGAACAGACGCGACGCCCCCCGGACGCCUCCCAGUCGCGUGGCCGAAAAACCGCCCCCCGGAAAAAGCACCCCGAACUUGUUUUUUCCGAUUCGAACCUAAUUUCGGCCGAUUUUCGUAACGCGUAUUUUUUACCGACUUCCAAGUCGCAAAACGUUGAUUUCGCCCGAAUUCCCAGUCUGGAAACGCGUAGUUCGCCCGAAUUUCGAGUCUGAAAAACGUUUAGCCACAAAAUCGAGUGAGUUUUAAACCGAACUGCGGCCGAUUUUUUAAACUCUCAUUUGUAGGGCCGCAACGUUCAAUUUUUCAAGUGUACGAACAAGUCGAAAAACAAGAUCCGAUUUUCAAGUUUCAACAAAGUUGAGUCCGACUGGUAAAAUUUAGCCACACCUCAGUGCUGAGUUUAAUCCCCUCGAACUUAACUUGGUCCGAUUUUGUGAACGCUCAUUUCUACGUUUAAAAGAGCCGAUUUUCAAGUUUAAGUUCGCCUGAAACGCCAGCCUGAAACCCGUUGGUUUUCAAGUGUAAAGACCGUUGAGGUUGGCCGUUUUUCCAGUUGGAAAAGCGUUGUGUGUAGCUUAAAAGUUUAAGCAAGUUUCCGGAAUCCUCGGAUGAGAGGCGAUGGUCGUCUUUUCAGGUUGAUGUAAUCCUCUAACGCUCCCCCGGUUCAGGUGUCUUCGAACCGGACUGAAAAACGAAAGACAGUGUGUGUGAAGUGGUCAGUGUUACGAAUCCGAAAUCGCCAUGUGAAAUCGAAUGGUGCCAAGCGGGAUUUUUCUCUGCGUUUCGCUGGAUUUUAUCAUUACAACACUGUCCAUUUUCAUCCGAUUGAAGAAUUCCUGUCUUGAACCGACAAGAAAAAGCCACUGCCAGUUUUCGUGCAAACCCAUCCAUGUUAUUAUACGCCCAUCCCGCAGACUAGGCGCAUAAUGCUCUCAAAUUAAGGCAUAUAUUUACUUUUGUGCGUAGAUUGUUUCCUGGAACAUCGAACAAAUCGGCGGUAAAAUACGGGUAUGAAGAUUCUUAUUCGUUUAAGAACUUUAUCUCUCGGGUAGAUUCGGAGGAAGGGAAGCCGACGAACUUGGGAUCCGCAAAUAUUGCAACGUUUUUCACCGAAACAACCCUUAAAUUUAUUGCAUCACAGGCCUAGGUCCAUGAACGCAUUAAAUAUGGAUGCGGGUAUGUGCUGCGAAAACAAUUCCAGAAAUUUUUACGUGCCGCAGAGGAGCUGUUACGUUUUGUGUCGCAAAAAAGGGUGAGAUAAAUCCGGGCCGUUCAACGUAAGACGACGAUGUAGUUUUUGAGUUCAAGAGCGCCUAGAAAACUAGAGAAUGAACUUGCACUCUCUUCGUUUCGAAACACAUUUCCAGUGGUAUUGACAAACUGCAGCCGCAAACCAAGCAUGCGACCGUUCAUUAAUAGAAUCCGGCAGUAAAUUAUGAUCUACCGUGCAACCUGCCGCGGGGGGUGUUUUUGUAGCAUUGACAGUGGCACACAUUAAGGCUACUCCCGGUUGUUGCUAGGUAACCACGCAGAGUGGUGGGAUGCUUUGGGGAAUUUUUACCCGCCCCCCGCCCCUCCUCGGUGAUGGUUGAGUGUAAAAAAUUAUGAUCAUGAACUGAGGACGCUGUCUGAAUACUUAUGAGUUCCAAUUAAGAUGGAGACCCCCCACCCCCCACCCCCGUAUGAUGUCGCUCCGACUGUGGUAGGUCCCAAGGAUGAAGAACUUCCGCCGAAGCCACUACGAAACAAUUUAAUUUAGAUUUUUUAUUGUUUUCCCGACCACGACGUUGUACUUUAUGGGCGGAAUAAAUUUUGAGUAGUGUGCUUAGUUUUCAUUUCUGCGUUUUUGCGGAAACUUCCUCGGUUUUAUGCGCGGGCAUUCACGAGCGGUUUGUUGAUAUGACUCGGACUUGAAAGUGCACGCCCUUUCGAAACGCAGCCGUUAUUUCGGCUCGAUCUAUAUUAUAGAGAAUUAUUGUUAAAUUUUGGCACCGCAGCAGCGCAUACCUGUAUCUGUCGAGGUUUUUUUUCCAAUUUGUAAAAAGCUCUGUCCUCUUGCAAUAUUUCCAAAAGCUGGAUCUUUGAGCGGAAGCAUACAAGUUCAUACAAAUAUUUUCCUUGUAGAUUCCUUCGAGAUGAAAGUACAAAUUUUUUCAAUGUAAAUAUCUUUUUUCUCUCUUUUUUUCGCUACAUUACCCUUUAUGUUUUUUUGUUUGUUUUUUUUUUACUUAAAAUUUCUGUAAAAAUUGCAUUUUCAAACGUUUCUCUCCAUUCUAUUUUUACCUCACAGAUCUAUACGUUGCUUUAGUUUUUUCUCGAUUAUUAUCGAUAGAAAUUGGUCUAUUUGGUCCGUUUCAAAUUGUUAUAGUUUAAUUUUGUUUUGUUUGGUGGAAGCACCUUUUUUGUGAUUCGCGUCAAAGCCGAGUUACUUAUCGGGUAUAACGGGUAAAAUAUUGUAGUCGCCAUAAGUAUCGCAUAAUAGAUUAUCGAACACUUAAAUAAUUAUUGUAAUCUAUUAUUGGACGGGAGAAAAGAAAUAGUUCCCUCUGAUUUUAUCAAAUCAAAAUACCUCAUGUAAAGUUCACCCCUUUUGUACAAAAAUAUUGUCUGCUCUCGUUUAAUCACCGGACGCAAACUUGUUCGCGUGCUUGAAAAUUAUUUUGAAAUUUCUGUUGCCUUAUUUGGUCAGUAAUUUAAGAAUUUUGAGCCUCUAAAAUUUGUGAAUCGUUUUCAUCAUAAGCUUCAAAAGUCUGACUAACUAAGCAGGUCCAUCAUCCUACUCGAUUGUUCCUAUUUCUCGAUAAUUUUGCCGUCAGAGGAAGGUUCUUUCUAGGCUUGUUUUUUUUAAGAAAUAAGAAAGAUAGCUUAGCCAGCCCAUUGUUGAAACAGCAAAAAGGAAAGUUAGAUUUGGAGAUUGAAGAUUGUUCCUCCAACUUUGUACCUUGUUGUUUUUCAAACCUGCUGAAAUCUUGUGAUUAAUCUUAUUCCAAUUCAGAAACAAGAGAGGAAUCAUAGAACCAGAUCACGCAAGAGCAAUAAUUUUAAUUUUGAUGAAAACCUAUUUGUAAGACCUUAGAUUAGAGCUCCUCCUUUUUUUUAGAAGAAAUAAAUUGUACUGAUAAAUGUUUACUGGUAAUAAUGCAAUAAAUUCCUUUUUGCGGUCCAAAAACAUAAACCAAAGUUCUAAAAGUCGGCUUCCCUAACUUUCGUAACGCAACCGAAUUUCGUGAACCAAGUAAAAAUAUUGGCAUCGAGAAACUUCAUUCCGCCAAACGCUACUUUGCUUCGUAGUAGAAGCCUCCACUAACGCUAGUCUACUGCUUUCGUCGGCAGAGUCCUCAGGUUUCGGGCUCAAGUUCGAAGUCCGGUAUAUUUUCGUCAGCGAAUUUUAGAAGAUGGAUUCGGAGUAUUCGUUUGAUCGACAGGUUCCGAAAUACGGAAUUCGUCUCAGGUAAACCUGAAGAGAAACCGGAUCGCGCACCUGUAGCAAUGUGGAAAACCCGGUAAACCUGAAGGAAAACCUGACCGUCCACCUGUAGCAAUGUGUAAAACCCGGUAAACCUGAUCGUCCACCUGUAGAAAUGUGGAAAACCCGGUAAACCUGAAGAGAAACCUGAUCGCGCACCUGUAGCAAUGUGGAAAACCUGAGCCCGGGGGAAGCUAUGCGAAGAGUGUCGAGCACCUGAAACGAUGGAUAUAAAUCCAUUCAGCAUCGAAAACCUGAUCUCGAAGGAAUCCAAUUUCACGCCGCGGCUAGACGGGGAGCUCUACCUGCUGUUCGACAACCUGACCCACUUCCUGAACGGAACCUCGGACCUGUUCAGGAACAACACGACGUUCAUCAUCCUCGAGAGCGAGUCGUACCCGAGCGGCUACAAUGUCUACCAGAUCGUCCUGGCGACCAUCAUCGUCUCCCUGCUCAUGAUAAUCGUCGUAGUCGGGAACAUGCUCGUUAUAAUCGCGAUCGCGACGGAGAAGGCGCUCAAGAACAUCCAAAACUGGUUCAUCGCGAGCCUCGCGGUGGCGGAUUUCUUCCUGGGGCUAGUGAUAAUGCCGUUCUCGCUGGCGAACGAGUUGAUGGGCUACUGGAUAUUCGGGAACUGGUGGUGCGAUAUCCACUCGGCGAUGGACGUGCUCUUGAGCACGGCGUCCAUCAUGAAUCUGUGCCUCAUUUCGCUGGAUAGGUAUUGGUCCAUCACGCAGGCGGUGGACUACCUGAAGAAACGGACGCCGGCCCGCGCCGCCGUCAUGAUCACGCUCGUCUGGAUCCUCAGCGCCGUCAUCUGCAUCCCGCCGCUCCUCGGCUGGAAAGUCAAGCGACCGCAGGAACCAGAGGCCUUCCCUAAAUGCGAGCUGAGCAAGGACAUCGGCUACGUGCUCUACUCGGCGCUGGGCUCCUUCUACAUCCCGAGCUGCAUCAUGGUGUUCGUCUACAUCCGGAUAUACUACGCAGCCAAGGCGCGGGCGCGCCGCGGGAUCCGCAAGCUCCAGCGCCCCAAGAGCGCCACGGUCGGCGGGAGCUCCGACGUCAAGGGCCACGCCGACCGGACCACUAGUUUUACAAUUUCCCCCAAGACGGGGACCCUCAGCCUCCCGGUCCACGGAUCGGCCUCCCUCCGCUCCCCCUCCUCCAAGACCCCCGCGGUCACCAUCGAGUCCAAGUCCAUCCCGGUCGUCACCUGCGACUUCGCCUCCGACGUGUCCACCUCCGAGGGGCCCGACCCGGGAGGAGGCCCACCCGACGGGGGCCCGCCCCCGCCCCCGCCCCCGCCGCCCACCAACGGAGGCCUAGGUGUACAAAAUUUAGAUAAGGAUAAAGACACUUUGAAGGUGUUGACUAUAUCGAAUUUAAAGCUGCCCUCGCAGCAGAGUCUAGGACAGAACUUCAAGGGCUCCACGCUGUCGAUCAACGGGGACCUGGCGGCGAUGUCGAACGCGCGCUGCCGGGCACCCUCGGUCGGGAUCGACACGGACCUGGUGAGCGAGUUCGACCCCUCCUCGAGCGAUUCCGGGGUCGUGAGCCGCUGCGCCGUGGUGAAGCCGCUCAAGCUCCGGCUGUGCAAACCGAUCUUCGGCGGCCUCAAGAAGUCGUCCAAGCAGAAGCGGGAGAUGAUAGACUUGGGGAAGAUCGGGUCCCCGCACCCCGUAGAGAUCACCCCCGGCAACCAGAUCGAGAUCGUCCACCAGCAGUCGGUCAAGCCGCAGAAGCCGCGGGACCCUGAGAGGGAGAAGCGGCGCAUCGCCCGGAAGAAGGAGAAGCGGGCCACGCUGAUUCUAGGUUUGAUUAUGGGGUCUUUCAUCGCCUGCUGGUUGCCCUUCUUCUUCCUGUAUAUCCUCACGCCCCUGUGCAGCAUCUGUGUUAUUCCCUCGAAAGCGUUCGCGGUGGCCUUCUGGCUGGGCUACAUGAACUCGGCCCUCAACCCGGUGAUCUACACCAUCUUCAACAAGGACUUCCGGCGAGCCUUCAGGAGGAUCCUCUUCAAAUGACUUCCGACCCGGUCGCUCGAGAUCGUUCUAGCUACUUGUUUUGCGCCCGGCAUGGACGGAUAUCCGGCUGUGAUAAUAGUCUUUAGUGGAUUGCAAUCGAAAUUUGUCGUCCGGUUUCAACGACUCGCCAGUUCCUCUUGUUUUGCUCUGCUUGCGUUUCCAUCCUGCAUGGCGUAGUUUUGUAAGUCCUCCAAAUAUGUUUACUCAGUCGUACACCACAGCGGGCUAAUUGUUGAAAUUGAUAGAUAAGGCUAUAGACAAAGAAGACAAAAGCAAUUUGGAAGGAUCCUAUUGGUGAAAGGGGGUGGUUGCAAUAGACAAAGAAGGUAGUUAAUAGACUAACUAAUGGCAACCCACGAGAGACCCUCCAAUUAGUCCUUUAUUUUGAACCUUAGUCUAUAGAAACCAACCGUUUCAACCGACUGGAGCACUCCGCAUUCCCUACGUCUUCUUUGUCUGUAGCUUUGUCGAUCAAUUUCAACAGUCAGCCCGCUGGUGUAUACCAGAAAGUCGAAAGAUAUCAGUUUGUCUCCAUAGGUAGCAUUAUGAAAGGUUAUGCCAUUGUUUAAAUCCAAUGUGAUGACUGUUUUCCUUGGAUUCAGGAGUAUUAAAUUGUACCCUAACGAGUACAUAACCUUUUCCAAUACUUCGAAUGAGUAUAAAGUGCCAACUCUUGAUAAAAAAUACUUGACGUCGACCGUGUAAUAUUAUCAAGUAUAAUUCAGCUGAAAACUUAAUGAUAUACUUCAUUGCUUCACUAUAUUACAUUGAUUAGGUGAGUGAAACGCUCUAUGAAAAUUUGAAUGCUCUUCCCCCUCAGAUUAUCUCUUCUAGGAGACGUUUAAAUAUUUUUCUUGUGACUGCCCAGUUAAAUCAUGAAAGAUGACUGAUCGUAUUCCUCGAAACUUCAGUUUUUAUCUAUUUCUUUGCUUUUUUUAUAUUAUCCAUCCACUUAUUUCCAUGCAUUUUCCCUUCUAUACGGCAGGGUAGGAAGCUGAUACCAUAUUUAUCUACAAAAUACAUCAAUAAUAAACAUAAGAACAUACAUUUUUAAAAAGUAACUCGCGGUCAUUUUUAUGGAUUUCCAAGGCAAUUGUCUCUUUAUGGUUGUCAGAACUCAUCUGGAAAUGAACUCGUUCUUUAUUCAUGUAACAAAAAAGGGAGACAAAAAAUUGCUGCAAGUGCAAGGAUAGCGCCGCGUCAUAAGAUAGCGGAUCAAAAAAUGCGCAUAAAAUAUUUUAUCGCUCGUAGAAACAUAUAAACAGGAUGUACAACAGACCAGCUCUCGGAACGAUUAAGGUAAUUUCGAGUUUUACCCUCCGAUUCAGCGCAUAAUUCUUUCCCCGUUUUAUGAAGCACAUUAAGGUUUAAGCUUUUUUUCAUUCAUAAUUUUAAAUGCUUACGUAUGUUGGCAGGCGUCCUCUCAACACAUGCCUCUCUCCAGUUGAACUUUUUUUUACAGACUCGAGAUUAAAUAAACGAUUAUAUCGAAUAUGUCUGGCUCUUUUUCCAAAUUUUGAUAUUUUUUUGUCCCUAAAUAAAACUCAUCCGUACAUCAAGAUAAAUAUGUUUGAUCAAAAUAAGCAGUCAUCAGAACCAGGUGCAAAAUAAAUUGAUCAUUUGAAUCAACUACCCCUCCCCCCUCCAAUUUGUUAAUGUUAUCGAAAGUAUAUUUGAAUCAAUGAACAUAUACUUUUACUUUUUUAUGAUAAAAAAUUCUUAACAAUUUUCUUUGAAAUCCCAACGCGCGAGGGAAAACAAAUGCAGCCUGCGCCAACUAUUAGCUUAAUAAAAUGUACAUUAAGUUGAAAAUUCUUAUUUUCUCAAGUGGCACAUUUAAGUAUCCCCGCAGAUGUGCAUGCUUAUUUCUCUUGAGCCUUUGAUGUCAGAGAUAAGUAUUUUAAAAAAUAAAAAAUAAAUUAUCACUUUUUAAAAUUUUCUGAGGAACAUUUCUCAUCCUGUUAAAGAGAAUUUUGAAUAUGCUGCAAUGCUGAAACGGAUAAUACUCUCUGCCAACAGUUACAACUCGCGCAACAGUUUUCAAAAUAUGGUGAAUUAGAAGACGGAAUUUAACAAUUAAGUCAUUCAUGACCAAUAGAACACUGACUUCCUACCCCCCACCUCAUCUCCUACCCCGGCCAUCUCUACUCAUUCAUUGCGAAUCCGGGGAAUUAUUCGAGGAAUGCUAUUUAAUCGGCUCAUAAACUCCGCAGGAACUUACAGUCUGUUAGUCCCGGUAUUCGUCCAUGCCAAUGCGCUUUAAGUUAUGUAUUGACUUUAUAUUAGGUUGUUUCGUUACUAACAGUAUAUUUGUUGGACCAAAUUAUGAACAGUCUAUUGUCGUUUUCUUUUUAUUAUGUUUCCCCUCUUGUUUUUCCAGGGACGCUUCCUAGCUUUUAGUUGGACUGCAUUUUGCAAUGAGGAAGUACUACUUUUGGCUCAGCCAUGGAAGAACUUUUUUACUUAGGAAAUCUAAUGACACUCAUGUUCUCUCUAAGAUGAGCCGGAAAUAGUAGUUCCUUUACUGCAAGAUGAAGUCCAGUUCAUCUGUUGUCCUAUUUUCUUGUUAUUUUCUGUUGUUAAGUUGUUCCUCCUGAUAAUUUUGUAUCUUUCUAGUGAUUUAAAAAUGUGGAAUUGAGGUUAAAAUUAAAAUGGCGAUGAUUUUUCCAGUAAGUCUUGGAUUAAAUGACAUAUAAGCAGUCAUCGAAAAAUUUAGGUCUCAAUAGCCCAUGGUCAAAUAAGCAUUUUAUCAAAUCCUCUGGACUUAUCAAAUUUUAUUUCUUGGAUUGAAAUUAACAAUCUUCUGCAAUUCUCUGGGCAAAAACGGUUUGCAUAUAUGUAGAUGAAAUAACUUUAUAUGAUUUUAACUUUUUAUGAAGUAGGUUACAGCAAUCAUACUAUUUCUACAGCCGAACUGAAUAUCAACUACUAAACUAAAUCCAAAUUUUGGGGUAGUUUAUAAAAAUGAAGCAUUUUACAUUUUCAAAUUUAAAUUUUAUUACGAAUGUAAAACGAUCACUAAAAUUUAAGACAGACUUUCCGCGAGUAAUUAUUGAAUCAAUUUUUAUUUUGAAGAUACGGACAAACUGAAAAAUAUGAUGCAUGAAAAAUGGAGCUUUCAAAACAUCGGUCUUGGAUGCAGGAUUAGUUUUCCUUGCUCUCUCUUUUAUUCGAGAUGCAUCACUUUUUCGUUUGCGCCCUAGAAUUCAAUUUUCCCUAAAUUUGAUUUCAAUUCCACAUUUUUAUUUAAUCAAGGCACACUUGUCUGUUGAUUCUUGUUUUAGGUUUUAAAAAUGUUGUCGUUUGAAAAACGAAUGUUUAUUUACAAUGGUGAUGAAAUUAUGACAGCAAGGAUUAAUUUUCCCUCGUUCACACCCAAUCAUGUUAUGAAUUUUUGUGAGUCCUUUAACCAUUGAAAUUGUUGGACGGUAAAUUUUGUAGAGGUACAUAUUUCUUAUAAUUUUCUAUAUAAUUUUCUCCUGAAAAGAAGGCAGGUUGAAGAAAAUAAUAUUGUCCGAGUGGCAAUGCGUGAAAAUGCAACAUUUACAAACCAAAUUAACUCGUUUAUAAUGUGCGCUUUAGGGUGAUUUAGGGCCAGAGCCGCGUAGAAUUUCAUAACCCAUCUGAAUUCAUCUCCUUGAACUCCUCCAUAAGAGGUUCUCGCAGUUUUUUUUUGAGUUGUGUGCAUCGUAAGUUUGGUAUUUGGUGCAAUUUCCAAAAGGUUUUAUUGGAGGAAAGUUUGAAUAUGCAUCUUAAAAUUUUGGCAUAAGUUGAGACAAUUUUUAAACCAAAUUGAAACUUUUUUCUGGCGAGAAAUAUUUUGCAAAAUCGCUUUCCUCCGGGGUUUCACCGCUUGAAUAUAAGGAAAAUAAUUUGUUUUAAUAUUUUUGACAACCUUUACAAAUACAAUUAAAAAGAAAUCUUUAAGCUUUUGAACCGGAAAAUUCGUUCUGCGGUGUUCUUCAGGGUGAAUUAAUAAAUGGACUACAUUUUGCAAUUAGGAACUAAAAUAUCUACUACAUUUUGCAAUUAGGAGCUAAAGUAUCCACUACAUUUUGCAAUUAGGAACUAAAAUAUCUGGCUCAGUUUAGAAUCAACUUAACCACCAUACAUUUCUCCAUGCACACAAGUGUCUUCAUCUUCACGGAUGAGCCAGAUAUUGUAGUUCCUAAUUGCAAAAUUCAAUCGUAAUGUUGAAUGUAGGUUUUCGAAACAAAAGUACCCUUCGAAAUUUUCUCAAUUUAAUGCACCGAACCGAUUCCUGAAAUUUUCAAAAUUGAUGCAAAUCGGAAAAUAUAGCCGGCACAACAUUUUCUUGCGCCUAUCGAAUUUAUUGAUUCAUCUCCGUUUCUGUAAGUAUGGCGUAGAAGAAAAGAGAAACAAGGGAGAGAAGAAGAAAAAGCUUCGGAGCGUUUCCAAAUAAUUAAUCAACUCUGCUCUUUUCUUUCAACACCAGUUAAUCAGAUUAUAGCAGCGCCGAACCGGUACGAAGGAGGGACGGGCGUUUAAAACAGAUCAUUAGCGCUGAGAAUCAACGAGAAAUUAGUAGCUCAACUUCCCCGGAGAGAGCCUCCAAGAAUUGCGAUACUUCCCCCAAUCCUCGAAGUCACGCUUUUUCACCGCUUUUAUUCGCAAUUUGCAUAAUUGAUAGUUUCCUUAUUUAUGUUUCCCAUUCAGCGUGAGCGCCAAACCGUGCUCGGAAAAAGCUCUCAAAAUUAACCAGAGUUGCCACUCAUACUUGCGUAACAUCUUUUGCAUCGAAAAAUACAGCGAUUUUUCAUUUAUCCUACAAUGACACACCAAGGCUGUCACGUGUCUGUUCCUUUGUGGUUGAAAAUUUUUAAUUCCCGACGGGAUACAAAACUUACACAAAAUUAGUGCAAAAUUAGUACAAAUUAGCACAUUAGUGCAGUUAGUGCAUUUCCUGUUAUCAUCCCUUAAACUCUGUCAUUCAUAGACAGCCGCUCCGCAAUCGCCGUAACUUAACAUCAAA